AGUCUCUUCAAGCAUGCUGGAUGCUUUAUGAAGAUGUUUUUGAAUUCUUGUGCCUGGUUUGCAGAGCUUCAUACAGAGAUGCAAUGACUCUACAGCAUGGUCAGCACGGUCCCCAGGUCUUAAAUGAUUGGAUGACAAAGGACCUUGAAUCUCAAAUGAUCAUGCCCACGCUCUGAUGCUACACUGUAUUUUCUUUGCACCUUGGAGGGUACAUCCUCAAUAAUGCACCCUGGUACCAGAAGAGACUAUAACUUUGAGACUAGAGGGUCCAUUGGGUCCACUGGGACAACAGUGAACACUGGAGCCAUGGGGUCCAUCGCAGCACCCCAGGAUGGACUGAGGGGACGACGGACAUCCAUUCCUAUUCAACCAAAAUCUAUCAUUGUUGUCCAGUCCUCACUGCCUGGGGAAAAGAUUCAGUAUGAGAGUCACCUAAUAAACGUUGACACUGAGUCAUCCCUUCCUCUGCCUGACAUCAUGCCAAAUGAUUCCUCCCAACUUACAACUGCCAUACGCCGUCAUAAGAGUACAACAGACAUUCCCUACAAAGGCAAUAUCAACGUGCUUCCAACUGCCAGCCUAGGUCCUACAGGUCCAGAGCAAGCCUUUUUCCGCCGCUGCUCUCUGAGAGAGGCCAGUGGAGUUUCACGGUACACACGCCAUGCCCUCAGUGUGCCUAACAUGGGCAACACCAGCCCCCUUCGGGGCUUUAACACUAGCCCUCUUCAUAGCACCCAACUGUCGCCUGCACAUAGCACCCUUUCCAAUCCUGAUAGAGAAAUGGAGAGGCUGGCCAAGGCUCGUAGUAAGCUGGUAGAGGGUGAAUGUGCCCAAACACCCACCAUUACUCCAGAAGCCCGAAAGCAGCUCCGCUAUGUCUCCAAAGACGGAAAAUGUCGCGUGAACCUGUGUCACAUUUCUGAAAGGAGCCGCUUCCUGUCUGACAUCUUCACCUCCUUUGUGGACCUCCAGUACCGCUGGUUUCUCUUUGUGUUCAUGAUGUGCUACACCACCACCUGGUUCUUAUUCGCAGGUCUCUACUUCCUUAAUGCAUACCUCAGAGGGGACCUGCAACCUGAGCAACGUCUCAACAUCACCAAGAACCAUCUCCUAGACCAGAGGCCCUGCUACCUGGGUGUAGACGACUUCAUCUCAGCUCUGCUCUUCUCUGUUGAGACUCAGCGGACAAUUGGUUAUGGCUCACGGACUGUCUCCCCUACCUGCCAUGAGGGUGUGCUCUUGGUCAUGAUGCAGUGUAUUGUGGGGUCCAUGAUUGACGCCCUCAUGGUUGGUUGCAUGUUUGUCAAAAUAUCCCGGCCUAAAAAGCGGGCUGAGACACUGCUGUUCAGCCGUACCUGUGUUAUUGCCAACCGUGAUGACCAGCUAUGUUUAAUGUUCCGUCUGGGUGACCUGAGAGAGAGUCACAUGGUGGAUGCUAAGGUCCGCGCCAAGCUAAUUAAAUCCCGCCAAACAGCAGAGGGUGAGUUCCUGCCACUUGAGCAGUCAGAGAUUGACCUUGGCUAUGACAGUGGCUCAGACCGCCUCUUCCUGGUGGAGCCUCAGGUCAUACAGCACACCAUUGACUCCAACAGUCCAUUCUGGGAACUUGGCCCUGAACAGCUAAGAAGACAUCAGUUUGAGAUCAUCGUUAUCUUGGAAGGAAUUGUUGAGGCCACUGGCAUGAUGUGUCAAGCUAAAACAUCUUACAUUGAGACGGAGAUUGAGUGGGGAGCCCGCUUUGAGCCCUGCAUGACUCUGGAAAAGGGCUCUUUUAAAGUGGACCUGCGUCGUUUCCACGCCACCUAUCCGGUGCCCCUGCCCAACUGCAGCGCCAGCCAGGCCCAGCAGUUUCUUAUUCUGAAAGACUAUAAGCUCCAUGACCCCAGAGGCAGUACGGAAUGGGGGAUCUGUGUGGAGGAAACGGCAGAGGAGGACAAAGACAAGCAGUCACGUCCAGUGGGAUUCACCAUUGGCGAUAUCUUGGAGGAGAGAAUGUCUGAAGUGACUGAAUGUGAAGGGAAUGAUGAACAGAACUCUCUGCCCUGAUAAUACUUGGAAUUUUUUAAAGAUUUUUUGGCAUUUGCUUUAUAUUGAUAAAAACAGUAGAGAGAGACAAGAAGGUCAAGGGAGAAAGAGGGGAUGACAUGCAGCAAAAGGCUUAGGCUGGAGUGAAACCAGGACCACUGCAGUAAGGGCUCAGCCUGGUAGUGCAUGCUCUACCAAGUGAGUCAUUCCAAUACUGGGCUUUUAUAGAAACAGUCUUGAAUUCCAUUAUUAAUGUGGAGGUUAUGAAUUUAAUUAUCAAAUAUGUGCUUACACAGUGAGACCCAGCACAUGCCACUAAAUGGAUAAUAAGUUAUCACCUUCACUCAUUUCUCAAUUCUGUUGAUGGACGUUCAUCUCCAGCUUCACAUGCUGGCCACAUUCAGUCAACUCAGAGCCAAAUAUAUCAGAAAUAUUUAGACCCAUAAUAUAUAAUGCAUGUAGCAGGUUCUGCAUCAGGCCAUCUGUCUGAAAGUUUACUGAAUUUUUUAGUGUGUGUGUUUAAUGGUUCUUAUCCCGGAGGUGAUCAUACAGAAUACGUUAAAGCAUUCCUUCCCUGUUUAGUAGGGUUUAUGUUUCAUGCUUAAGUAUCACCAUUUCUAAUCCAAAGAGGAGAUGGACAGUGAAAGAAAGUGGUAAUUGUAACAUCUUUGAAGAACCUCUAAUAAAGGUCUGACUUUCUUCCCUCCUGCAUGAGAAGCACAAAUAAAUCUCAAUUAUUGCUGUGCAA